CUCGUGUCAGUAUUUUUUGUGUACGUUACUGAUUCCGUGACACAAUGCCGAUUUUCGUGUUAACUGUAGUAGGAUUAAUGCUUGCUGCAAGUGCAGUGAACGCCGAACAAGUUAACAACUAUCGCAUGUGCCCUAGUACUAGUUGUGUUGUAUAUGAUCUGUUUAUUGAUCCAUGUCCCGAAGCUUUAUACAACCAAGCAUGUGAAUGGACAGACAACCUGAACACGUCUAUCGCAUUCAAGUAUAACCCUGAAUUUGGUGCGAACUUACCAAAAACACAACUAUACUCUGAAACCUUUUUGAUGGACUUGCCAUUUCUUAACAUUGACUCGAACGCAUGCUUAUACACAAGUUGUCCCGUGGAAAAGGACACCGAACAGAAUUGGCUGUUCAAUUUAUACGUACCCAAAGACUAUGGUAAGACUUAUUACAUAGUCAAGUUCAUGUUCUGGGACACCAUUAACUACCAAGAGUGCUGCUUUACAUUCGACAUCAAGAUCGUUUAACGGAAAUGGAAAAUACUCGCAACUACCUACCUAAAUAUAUUCAUUGGCACCCAUACUAUCAUAUUAUGUAAUAUUUAAAUACAGCAUUAUUAACGUUACUUAGCUCAACUUUGUGCCGCCUCUCUACUGUUAUAGGAA